AACUACGCCAUGGUUGAGCUCCUGGAAAGGCUAAAGAAAAUUAUGACUUUUGUUGAUUCCACGUGGGAGGAGAAAUUUGCCCUGAAAACAGCUUUUGUCAAGAAUGGUGGCCCAGUCUGGUACCCUGUGCAGAGAUGUUUGAGAAGAUCCGGACGUCUGCCUCCCGAGAGGGCUCAGGCGUGCAGCUCCAAGAGACGACAGAGCUCAUUGAGGACGUAAUGAAGACGUUUACGCCAGAGCAUAAAACAGGUGUGAAGGACAAUACAUAUCUACUGAAGGAGAUAACCAGCCUAAAAAAGCUCUCUACAUUUGACUUCACUGUCGUCAAGCCAUUGAUAAACAUUCUGAACAUGCUGAGUGUGGAGCACACCGAGAAGGAGAAAGUGGACGUUAAGGAGGCCUUUCUGCGGCAGGGAGGUGCAGAGCUGCUCAAGAAGAUCCAGGACACUCCCACCCAAGAUGACUCUGAGAUCCCUCUCCAAAUCGUCACUGAGAUCAUGUUCCAAAUGCUGAUGACUUACACUGUGGACGUUAGUGCAAAACUAGAGAAAGAGAUUGAAGACAUUUACACAGAUUUAAUUCCGCUGAUGACUUUUGCCAGCUUUGACCAUUCUACGGUAAAGGCCCUGCAAACUAUAUGGAACAAGUUGAAUGCCGUCCUUUCAGUGGAGAAGAGACUUCUUGCCAAAGCGGCUUUUCUUCGUGCAGGGGGACCAGAACUGUUCAAGGAAAUGCAAAAGUGCCUACAAAGUGACGCUGUGGAAAACGGACUUUUGGAAGUGAUGAUGGACAUUUAUACACUGAUGAUGGAUUUUACUUUCACAUCGAUUCAAGCACAUCAUGAAAAUGAAGAUACGUUUCCAGAACCUGAAGAAAUUAAAGCUCAGAAAUGGCAUCAUGUGUUUAAAGACAUUCUCCGCCGAGUGCCAAGACUAUUACGACACAGGCAACGCGGCGCACCCUCAAGGACGGGCACAGACGGCGUUAUCGGAGGAACGCAUACUCAAGAGUGAAUGAAACUAAUUCUUGUUGACCACGCUUAAUAACAAUUUGCUCCUAUAAUGAGCCAAGAAUGUGUCCCGCGUGUGACGUCACUCCACAUGGACCAGCCCCCCUCAUUAAUAAUCAUGAGCAGUUAAUGUCACUCCACAUCGAACAGCCCCCCUCAUUAAUAAUCAUGAGCAGUUAACGUCACUCCACAUCGAACAGCCCCCCUCAUUAAUAAUCAUGAACAGGUGACGUCCUCCAAAUGGACACAACCCCUCCAUUAAUAAUAAUUAGCGGGUGACGUCUCUCCAUAUGGGGGGGCAAGGCACCUCCUCCCCCCUCCUCAGCGUUAACUUACAACCCUCACUCCAAAGGCAGAACCCUCACGUCACGCAAUCUCCAUAACGCUGUUGAGACAUAGAAGUAAAAAGGGCGUCAUGAUGAACAAGGAUUUAUAACCUUUAAAUGAAAUAAUUCUGUGUCACCGCGGCCGUACAAAAUACACACGAAUUUAUGGAAUGAAUAUCACGUCGCGGUCUGCUUUUCACUUGCAAGUUCCAGAUUUACUGCAAUACACCCGUCCUUUGACGGGCAAAAGGCUAGUUAAUAUUAAUCACUUAACAGCCAUUGCUUAAUAUUAAUUACUUAAGCAUUGCUAUGUAGCUUUAUUUGCACAAUUCUCUCAGUUUUUAAACUAAACUUGUAUUUACCAGGUAAAGCCCGCGGAGCUAUUGCCUUCUUUUCAGAGUUGAUCUAGCCACGCAUCGUAGGAGCCACAAUCUCAAUGCACGUUUCUAAAUAUGAAGGGCCAUACCGUAGUCCUCAUAUAAUUAUCCACAUGACCGCAGGGACUACAUACAAUUUCUGUCAGGAUCAGGAUCGAAUCCAUGCGCUCCUGCAUACCAGCCGAGGGAAAUAACAUCACCACCGCGUGAUUGUGCUUUCAUUUGAAUGAAGCCACUUAUGUAAUAGAUAUUCCAAUAUAUUAUGACACAUGCAGAUGUUACAUGUAAAUGUCCAUUCAAUGUGUAUGCAAAUACAAUAAAACAUGAUUAAUCUGGGGUGAUAUGGUGGACGGGUUUCGCCCAUCCUAGAAUCUGUGGUGUACUGUGGGAAUAACUUAUACGGUUCCCAAACCUAUACAACUCCAAAAAUCCGUGAAAAUUUAACGGAUGUUAGUCAUGUUUAGUCACCUGGCGAAAAACUCCAAAAUCCGUGUAUAUUUAAUUUUAGGAGUUACUGAACAACAAUUAAUGCCACAUUGCAGCGUGAGCUCACAGCAUGUGCUGCAGCUGGCGGGUGCUUGUAAGCCAUGCAGCGAGACUGUGUGAUGCCGCCGCCGCGAAGCCGCUCGGCGGGCGCCCCAUCUACGACCUCGCCACCACCAAGCGACAGGGCCGACCCCGCUUACCCCUCACCGCCCCCCACAUAAACACACCCUCACACAUUUCCCCCCCCCAUAGAGCUCCGAGGGGAAGUCACCUGGCCGGCAGGUUUUCACCCGAAAGCCCUCGAAGGGAUAAUCUUCACGGUUUCCUGCGGCCAGGGAAUUGGGUGACCUCCCCCGAUGCUAAUUCGCACCGCGGCGCUGUGACCUGGGUUGAGAUUGCAUGGUCACGGCGGAGGGCUGUCCAGCCACCACGGUUGAAACGCACCCCCACACACGUAUCGGCAAGGCAGGCAGGGGUCCACAGCCACGAACGAAGUGGAAGCCAAGGGGGGUGGCUGAUUGGCGUGGCAGGUGUGCGCGGCGACUGCCGCCGUGCAGCAGACCGCGGCGAGCCUGUGUUGCGGAAACCGCAUUCGAUUAGCAUAGCAAAGGUGCCCGUGGACCACCGCCGGCGCCGCAAUCGGCGGGGGACCCAUUGUUAGGGAAACUGGGAAUGCGGCUGAACGGACGCGGCAACCUGAUUGGCCGAGAGGGUCCUCGGGUCGGAGUUCUUUGAUGUAGGUUAAGGAUAAAGGGAGGGCACAGAGGGGUAAAGCGUUCUCUUGCUCCAAAAGUCAGCCCUCGGGACGGUCUCCAGCUCGGCCACUCAAACGUCCGUGUGACGCGUCGAGGUGAGCGGCGAGGACGAGACCAACGGAGCGCCGUGCGCAUCUAACCAUGAGUAAGAGGUAAAAGAGUAUUGGGAUUGAGGCUAGAAAAACCAAACCUGCUGAGAGCCUAUCAAAUUAGAUAAAUCGGGUACAGACCCUUGGGCGAUAGUAUAGGCCUGCCUUGCCGAUCUCUACUGACCCAACAGUGAAUCCCAGUCGGCCGAGAAUAAAUCAUUAAUA